GAAUUCAAGAUGUCUGCGCCCAUGAAAUAAACACAUGCCUUCGGACUUCAGUCGGUAAUACUACCAACAGUCGAAAAAAGCUCGGUUUAACAAAAUGGGAAAGAAACAAAAGAAUGAUCCUCGAUUAGUAAAUAACAAUGAAGACAUUAUUCAACCUAUAUCGGCUCGACCCAAGGUGGAAUCAACCCCCUUUAUCAACCCCGUGAGACAACGCAAGGACCAAAGGAAAGAAAAGAGGCAAUUGAAAAAAGCAAAACGACUUGCAUUUUCUCAAGGGAAAGAAAUGCCAACCAUAUCCAGACAGGAAGUGGAGAAGAGGGCAGCUGCUGCAUUGGAGAAGAAACAGGUGAAGAGGAGGGAGAAGAGGGCACGGGCCAUCAAGAGGAAGAUUGAGACCCGGAGGCAAGGCAAGGAGGAGAUACAGGAGAAGAAGCUAGAACUACAAGCACAGAAACUAGCCAUAGCUAAGGAGGAAAGAGAAAUGAGGGAUCUAGAAAAGAAACUAAAGAUGAAGAAAUCUCGGACAUCGCUGCCACAAUCCUUUGUGAAUGAUGGCUUGGACUACUUGUUUGAAGCCCUGGACUCCUUUGGUAAGAAGGGCGUAGGUGACCUUGACUCAGGUCAAGGGUCAGGGUCAGAGCUUGAGGAUUUGGAUGAAGAUAUUCCCAGUGGUUCUGAAGAUGAAGAAUCUGGCGAUGAUGACCUGAUUGAUAACAGCGACAUGGAUGACGACAGUGAUGACGGCUCUGACAAUGAUGGAAAAAAUAUUGAGGUUGUCAUGAACGAAAAUGAACCCAAACCAAAGUCUAUUCUGAAGGCUAAAUGUUUACAAGACCAGAGUGAAGCAAGGACGUUGACAUGGCGAGAACGUGAUGCUGAUGACAGUGAUAGUAGUGAUGAAGACAGUGUACACAAGGUUCAAAAUUCAAAAAGGAAAAAUGAUGAGGAAUCAGAUUCAGGUGAUGAACAAAUUAAAAUUAGUAAAAGUUCAAAAAGGAAAAUGUUAAAAAUUGACGUUGAUGACACAAAAGGUAAAAUAGUCUUAAAGAAACAAAAAGACAAUGUGGAAAAGUCUGAAGUACAAGCAAGAACAUCUAAGAAAACUGAAAAAGUGAAUUUCAAUGAAAGUGAAUCUGAAAGUGGUGGAGGUGACAGUGAUGUGAUCGAUAGUGAUGAUGAUGAAGACGAUAAUGUUGAUGAUGAUGAUGAUGAUCAUGAUGAUGAUGAUAAAAAGGAUGAAGAUGCUGUCACAUUACGGGAAGAUAUCUAUGGACGAUCUAUCGACAAGGAUGGCAAUGUGGUUAAAUCUGGUGGGUCGGGAUCAUACAUCCCACCUGGUAAACGUGCCAUGUUGGCAGGGGAUUCUGGGAAGAGGAAGUUGAUGCUGGAACGUCUCAAGAAACAACUGAAGGGGCUGAUCAACAGAGCAAGCGAAGCAAAUAUCCAACCAAUUAGCUCUCAGAUAGAAGAUAUUUACAUGUCCAACAGCAGAGCAGACGUCAAUGAGCUCCUUACAGGGUUGUUACUGGAAGCUUGUGUUACUCCAAUACUCACACCAGAGAGACUGUGUUUGGAGCUUGCGAUGUUGGUGGCCAUUCUACAUGGCAAUGUUGGUGUAGAAGUUGGGGCAUGCUUCCUGCAACGCGUUGUACAACAGUUUGAUGCCAGGUUCAAGGCCAGCGCUCACAGUGAGUCCAAGGAGAUGGACAACAUCAUCAUUCUGCUGGCAUGUCUGUACAAUUUCAAGAUCCUCCAGAGCUCGCUGCUGUUUGAUGUGGCGAGGAGGUUCAUCACCAGGUUCCAGGAGAAGGAUAUAGAACUCCUCCUGCUUCUGUUGAAGAAUGCUGGCUUCAGUUUGAGGAAGGAGGACCCGGCGGGUCUGAAGGACCUGAUCCUGGAGAUCCAGACAGCUGCCGGGUCACCCGACGCCUCCCAGGACAAGUCCCGCGUCCGCUUCAUGCUGGACAUCCUACUGGCCAUCAAGAACAACAACAUGAGGAAGAUCCCCAACUACGACCCUGAUCACCUGGAGCACCUGCGCAAACUCAUCAGGAACUACAUCAGAGAUGGAGGUCUGGGCAGCAACCAGCUCAACAUAGGCCUAGAGGAUCUGUUGAAAGCCGAGGAGAAGGGACGAUGGUGGGUGGUUGGGUCGGCCUGGAGCGGCCGUGAGAUGGAACACAAUACCCAGGCCUCCACGUCAACGUUCUCGGUGUCCAACGUGAUGAAUGAGGCCAGCUCCCAGUUGAUGGAGCUGGCUCGCAAGCAGAGGAUGAACACGGACAUCAGGAAGACGAUAUUCUGCGUCAUCAUGACCAGCGAGGAUUACAUCGAUGCGUUUGAGAAGUUGCUGAAGCUGGGCCUGAAGCACCAACAAGAAAGGGAGAUAAUCCAUGUGAUCCUGGACUGCUGUCUCCAGGAGAAGAAGUUCAACCCAUUCUACGCCUUCCUUGCUCAGAAGUUCUGUGAGUUUGACAGGCGGUUCCAGAUGACCGUGCAGUUCAACCUGUGGGACAGGUACAAGGAGAUGGGGGGCGUGGCACAGCACAGCCGAGACAACCUCGCCGCUCUCAUCUCACACCUCCUGCUCAAGAAGGGUCUCUCUCUGUCUGUCCUUAAGGUUGUGGAGUUCGGCACCCUGGAGAAGCCGAUGGUGAGGUUCCUGAAGUCACUGUUGAUGUCGCUUCUCAUGGCAGCAGACCAGGACGAGAUGGUGGCAGUGUUUGAAAGAAUCGCACCCCUCCACAAACUCAGCCAUGUGCAGGAAGGACUCAAAUUAUUCAUGCGGCACUUCCUUCUACGAGGGAAGGGGAAGGCGGACAUUGAAGAUCUAGAGGAACUCCCAAGUCGAAUUAAGCUGGCAGAGAAGGCCCUGAGUCUGGGGCAGUCUAGUAUGUUAUUGUGAUUCUCCAACAGAAAAAUGUUGUAAUUAAAUAUGUUGUUACAAAUAAUGAAUGUCA